UUUAUUUUUUUUGACUUUGAAGUUUAAAGUAUUGUUAGAGUCAAGAGUUGUAGAGCGAGAGAGUUGGAUUGGGAACAGUUCAGUUAGAUAAGAAAAGAUCAAAUCAACUCUUUUUCUCUUUGAUUCUCAAUGGCAUCAACAUCGACAUCGACAUCGACGUCGUGUCCGCUGAACGACGUCGUCGCAGCAAAUUCUCCCCCAAACUCCCCAAAUUCCUCUUCCUCCACUCGCAAGGCUUGCUAUGCUGUUCUCCAGAGUUGGGUCUCACAGAAGUUUAUAACUGGAUGUGUGGUUCUCUUUCCUGUUGCUGUUACAUUCUUCAUCACAUGGUGGUUCAUUCAGUUUGUUGAUGGUUUCUUCAGUCCAACAUAUGCCAGGCUUGGCAUUGACUUAUUUGGCCUUGGAUUUAUUACAUCACUAAUUUUCGUAUUCUUUAUUGGUAUGUUUGCUUCAUCAUGGGUGGGUGCCACUGUUUUUUGGAUUGGAGAAUGGUUUAUAAAAAGAAUGCCCUUUGUUAAGCACAUUUACUCGGCCUCCAAACAGAUUAGUACUGCUAUUUCUCCAGAUCAAAAUACCACAGCUUUUAAAGAGGUUGCAAUCAUCCGUCAUCCUCGUGUUGGUGAAUAUGCAAUUGGUUUUAUCACAUCCUCUGUAGUCCUUCAGGUUGCUUUUCCUUGUUCCCAUAUAACAUAUAAGAAAGAAACCUGUAAGGGUCCAACUUCCAAGUACUACUUGCUUCAGGACAUGGUUUCAGUUGCAGUUGGACAUGGAGCUAGUGAUCUAUUGCCUGAUUUCCUUUCAAUAAUAAAUUGAUGGCUACUUUGUAAAAGUAGAAACAUACCAUCUUUUAAGGGGAGGAAAAGAUGGAUCCUUGCACAAAUACUUCACUUUUUUUGGCCCCACUUAUGCUUACCAAAGAUGUACUCAGACAUUUCAUUUCCAUCAAAGAUGUUUUCUAUCCUUCCACGCCACCUCUUAAUUUCAACCCACAAUCACUACCCCCAAACCUUCAAAAGCUUGCAUAACCAAUGUCCUGCCAAUAACCCAACAUCUUCAACCGCCCCAAAUCAGUCAUCAUCCACUGCCAAUUGGACCACAAGUCCAUGGCUUCCCUACAACUUAAACCAAUCUAUAGCACCACCACAGCAAUGGCACAUGCAUAACCAACCAGAUUUUGUCAAAACAUUAGGCCCUCACCCACCCCGACCAACUUCACCUAACUUGAAUUUUGUGCAUCCUGGCUACAGUAACCAGUUCCCACUUCCACAUCUUCCCCCUUCCAACUCAAAUCCACCACCAAAACAACAAAGUCCAUCACCAAUGAAAAAUCUUCGA